AUGUAAUUCGAACGGGAUGUCAGAAAUAAGCAAGUGAUGUUGAACUGAAUGUUGAAAAGCAGGCAUUAUGUUUUUCAUUCUCUAGAGCUGAAUAAGCAGCUCAACAAGAACUUCAAAUUUUCCAUCAUCAAAUACUAUUUUACGAAGAUAAGUUUGAAAAUUGACUGAGAUGUUCGGAUACGAUUUAUAUACUUGGAUGCCUAUAUGCAUUUCUUUCGUGAUAGUAUUAUUUACAGUAUUGUAUUGGUAUAUAACCAGAAAUGACAAUUAUUGGAAGAAACGAGGCGUGCCUUUUGUUCCUCGACGAAACAUUUUCAAACUUCUUUGGUUGGUUUACAAAAAGCCUCUAAAUGAACUUCUGAAAAUGGAUAUCGGGAAAUAUGGGCAUGCGGUAGGGGACUUUGAAGGAAGCACACCUAUAUUUGUUUUAACUGAGCCUGAUCUUCUGAGAGAUGUUUUGGUUAAAGAUUUUCACAUAUUUCAUUCCAGAAGGCGUAUAGACGUAUAUGAUCCUCUAACCAAAAAUUUAGUUUCUCUGUUGGAGGGAGAAGACUGGAAACGUGUUCGCACGAUCAUCACUCCUGCGUUCACUUCAAAGAGAAUGAGACAGAUGGGAUCUAUCAUAAAUGAAUGUUCAAAAUCAUGUAUAGAAAACUGCGAAAAAUCUUUCAAUGAGGGAAAAUCUGUUGAAUGCAAAAGCAUGUUCAAUACUUUUACCAUGGACGUCAUAGCAAAAGCUGCUUUUGGUACUCAAAUCGAUUCUCACAAUGAUCCUGAUAAUGCCUUUUUAAAGGAAGCUAAAAAGAAUUUCGUGGAACCAAGAAUCCUAACAAUACUCAUCGCACUUAUUCUUCCUUCGUGGAUAUUACUGAGACUCUCUAUAUUCCAUCUGGAUAGAAAUCACUUCUUUCAAAAUGUCAUAGAGACUGUUAUUAAGGAAAGGAAAAAAACUGGGAAAAAGUACAAUGAUGUCUUGCAAAUCUUAAUGGAUGCUGCCGAUGAAAAUGAACAAUCACUAAACUCAGAAGGGUUCGAAGAUGAAACCGACCGAUUUGGAAGUAUUGCAGAGAGUAAUGUAUCUUCACUAUUCAAAAAUAAAAAACUAUCUAAAAUUGAGUUGUUAUCGCAAUGCGUACUGUUUUUCUUUGCGGGCUUUGAAACUACAGCGUCAGUGCUUACCUUUUUGGCAUACGAGCUCGCAAUGAAUCCAGAAUGGCAAGAAAAACUUAUUGAAGAAGUAGACAAGGCUUUUGAAAAGCACUCUGAAAUGAGCUAUGACGCUGUACGAGAUAUGAAGGUACUGGACGCCAUAGUGUCAGAAAUAUUGCGAAUGUACCCUGUCGCUAUAUUAACUGAAAGAACAGCUUCUGAAGAUUACGAACUGGGAAACACCGGAAUAAAAAUCGAAAAAGGAAUCCGUAUUGCAAUUCCUAUAUAUAGAAUGCAUUACCAUCCGGAUUUAUUUCAAGAUCCGGAAACCUUUAAUCCGAAUAGAUUCAUGGAUCCAUCAGAAACAAGGCAUCACCCGUAUUCUUAUUUACCUUUCGGUGCGGGACCGAGGAACUGCCUAGGUAUGCGCUUUGCACUGUUGGAAAUCAAAGUGUGUGUGGCUAACAUAUUAAGGCACUUCAGAUUCCGCAAGGAUGCAAAAACGCAGGUAAAAUACAAAAUGGGAGGUUUCCUAUCUGUAAAUGAUCUGUAUCUGGCAGUAGAAAAAAGAGUUAAUGUAAAAUAAAAAAAAAAAAAUGAAUGCAAUUUAUAAACUUUUCACAAUGAAGAUUUUUUUUUUUUUUUUU